UAAUAUUUUGUCACUGAAAAUAAUAUUUUUGAAAAUCUUAUACAAAAAAACUGUUACAUAUUUAUCCGGACAGGCACUCAUUUUAUGACUUAAACAGAAUAUUGUUUAGUUUCAAGCAUUGAAAUAUGCAAAUUAGCUUACAUAUCUAAUUGUAAUACAAAUUCUUUACGUUGUUCAACGUUCUAAAAUGGGUAGAACAAAGAAUUUAUCUGAUUAUGAAAAAGGGAAGAUUGAUGCCUAUAAAUCACAAGGCAAGUCAAUAAGAGAAAUUGCAGCAUAUAUAAAUCGUCCAAAAUCAACUGUUGGUGAUUAUUUAUCAAAAAGACGUGGCAAGGAUGUACCAAAAUUCAAGACAGGUCCAAAACCCAAGCUUACUCCUCGAGAUUGUAGACAAAUCAUCAAGGUUUGCUCCACAAAACAAACAUCAGUAAGAAAAAUAAAACAAGAAUUAGACUUGCCUUGUAGCAGCACAACAGUGUGGAGAGUUUUAAAUAAAUCUCCAAUGUUAAAAUUCAGAAAAAAAGCUGUAAUGCCACCACUUUCAUUAAAGCACAAAAGUGACAGACUUGAUUGGGCACAAAAACACAUG